UGUGGUCAUAUUCAUGCCUCAUCAAAAAACUAUAUUCUACCAAAUUUUUAUCAAUAUUCAUUGCAUCAAGGAGUAUCAAGCUUGUAACUACUCCUAUAUAAGGCGUUCAUUAGUAUUGUUGGUUCGACAAACACAAGUGUUCAUAAACAUUUCAAGCUUCUUUUGCUUCAAAACUAGCAUUUCCAACUCAAAUUCCAUCAAUCUAGAGAGAAAUGGCAAUCCGUCUGCCUCGUAUUAUUCAAGCUAAGCAACUCCUGAAGCGGUCUAGUUCUUUCGAAUCAAACUACCAAUCCUCUCCUUCAGCUUCCAUAGAUGUCCCAAAGGGAUAUUGUGCGGUCUAUGUUGGAGAAAGUGAUGAGAAGAAGCGAUACGUUAUUCCCAUUGCUUACCUGAACCAGCCUUCCUUCCAAGAAUUGUUAAGCCAAGCUGAGGAAGAAUUUGGUUAUGCUCAUCCAAUGGGAGGUUUGACCAUCCCUUGCAGAGAACAAAUGUUCAUUGAGCUAACUUCUCGUUUGAGUAGGAAGGCAUUUUGAUUAGUUUGGGGGAGGGGGAAUUGAGUAUGUUAGGAGUACUUGGCUUAACUUGAGAAAGUGAAGCACAAUUUUGUAACUUGGACUAAAUGGGGGGAUGAGCAAGCAGAUUAUUGGUCAUUGUGUACAUAGAAUCACUCCCAACUGUCCAUAAACACGGUUCAACUUAUAUAACUACUUGAAAGUUAAACUUUGUUCACUUGCA